AUGGCACAACGCCUGGAUACCGAGGCCCUUGCCUCCUCUGAAGACCUCUUCACUCUCGAACGGAUUGAUCAGGAUGGUCUCAGUCCUCGCAAGCCAAGCGUGAUCCUCGUCUGCCCCUCCGUCACGACCUCCGGCACGAGCUCCUUCACGACACGCUACUUCUCCAUCCUGGCGAAGAUGCUCCGCGACGCGCACCUCAUCUUCGCGUUCAAUGUCGCCGACAUCCACCGUAUCCUGAGCGACGAGGUUAUCGCGGACUCGAUUGCUGGCUUUGUUGUCACGGACGCGAGAGUCAUGGGUGUUGAUACCGGCUCUGGUGCGGGUACCGACGUUGGUGUUAGUACUCGUGGGACCUGCAGAGACACCCGUGAAGACCAAGACGCAGAGACGGUCGCAAUGUCAAAUAUGUUGAAGGACAUUGUACAGGGUAAAUACGCCUAUGGCUACGAGAAGCCGCAGGAAAAGCCCAAAGUCACUGGUCGUAAGAACAGAAAUAGAGGGUUGAUACCUGAAUUUCCCACCGGGACCAACACAGUCCAUGGAAUCAGCAACAGACGCCCUCGCAACACUCCCCGCGAUUGGACCGUCGUCUUUGCUUUCGACUUCCCUGCCCAAGCAGCAUGUCACCCUCUCCGUUUCGGCAAAUACAUGUUGGAGACGUUUGGACUGGGUUGGCGCAUUUGCGGCGCAACGAAGACCAAGUGGCAGCUCUGUAUCAAUGAGCCGUGCCUCAAGAAGAUGGGCGAACGUGUGUACAGGGGCGAUAAGUAUGAGAUUCGCGCUGUGUUCUUGGACGGUGUUGUGGAAAAUGAUAAAGUGCUUAUCGUCAAGAAGAAGACGGAGCACGAUCAGAAAGACGAAAGCCAAAAGAAGAAGCAGAAGGCUAGCCGCUGUACUGUUCGAGAACGCCGUCGAAACGAGGCUAAGGAGCACGAUGACAUGGAGAUGGCAGAGCGUGUGUCAAGCGACGAGACAGACAGCACAACAGGCGAAGAACCCAAAUUCAGAAUCGAGCGCGUGGAAGUCAGCGAUCGCCACGGCGGUUGGAGACUGGCGGCCGACGCAAACGGUCCUUUCCUUCCUGCUCCUGGCGAGGACGUCGAGAUGCUCACGCCCAUGAUAAGAGCUGAGCUCCGCCGCGAGGAACGUGACUGGGCGGACGACGAGCUCACUACCGGCGAAGACUCUGAUUGUGACGACAAAAUCGAAGUCGAUGAGGGCGGCUGCGACGAAGACGACGAAGGUGAAGAUUCAACCAGUAGCAGCAGCAGCUCGUCGGACGAUGACAACAAUCCCAAUCCUACCCGCAACACCCGCACCAUCUACCUCAACCCUGACCAGCGCGGCCAGAAAAGCGACUCCGAUGCCGACGACGUCCAGUCUCCCAAGAAGAAAAAGCAGAAGAGAAGCUACAAGCCCGCCAAACGCAUCGCUAACUGCCCCGUCGCUCUCCACGAUGUGAGGUCUUGGCUCGAGAAGGGAGACCAGCGCGUCCGCGUCUAUGGCUACGUCGGCUUUGUGGGACAUGUCGAGGAUAAUCGCUCCAUGGCGAGCUUGAUCUUGGGUAUGUGUGGCGUACGCAAUACGGCUCCCUUGCCUCAGAGGCUUGCGACUUGGCUCAGGGAGAAUCGCCUUAGAUAG